UGCCGCCGCAGAGCCUUCGAAUCGAUACGGCGCGCGUCACGUGCCGCCGAGCGCGACCAAUAGCCGCGCGAGGGCGCUGCGGGGCGCGGGGAAGGCCGCGGGGGACGCGCCGCUCCCUCGCCAGUGCACGAGGAGCAAACGCGCGCGACGGACGUCAGUUCCGUUCAUCUCUCGUGUAGUCAAACACGAGUUUCUCCGAAAACCGGUCCGAUGCGAUGUCGUUAUAGUGCUGUGUCGCCGCGAUGAGUGCGUGGACGGAGGAAAUGCUGUCCUGGCGAGACGAGCGGCUCGGCCUAACGGAGCUGCCGAGCACGACGAGGAGAAAACAUAGGAGCGCGCCGUACAGACUGCAUCGGCCGCACUUGCCCGUGCCUUACGUGCCGGAGCCCGUCCCUGAGCCGCAGGGGACGCACAUUUCGAGGUUAUACCCGGAGCUCCUGGCGCUUAUAUUCGAGAGGCUUCCCGUGCGGGACCGAGGCCGCGCCGCUCAGGUGUGCCGCGCAUGGAGGGACGCGGCUGACCGCCGGUCCGUGUGGCGCGGCGUUGAGGCCGCUCUACAUCUUCGCAGACCUGCCCCUGUACUCUUCGCUUCCCUAGCCAGAAGAGGAGUCCGAAAACUACAAGUCCUGUCCCUUAGAAGAGGGCUGAGGGACGCCGUCGCGUCGCUUCCAGGCCUCGAAUCCCUUUCCCUAAGCGGUUGCUAUAGUGUCACAGACGCCGCUUUAGCUAGCGCGUUCGCAGCGGAACUUCCAGCUUUAAGAAGAUUAGACUUAUCCCUAUGUAAACAAGUAACAGACUCUUCCCUCGGGAGGAUAGCACAAUCGCUCAAAAAUUUGGAGGAGCUAGAACUAGGCGGAUGUUCGAACGUUACGGACACGGGCCUGCUUUUAAUAGCGUGGGGAUUAAGAAAGCUGCGGCGUUUGAACCUCAGAUCUUGUUGGCACGUGAACGACGCGGGUAUAGCGCACCUGUGCGGCGGAGGAGAGGCGAGAGGCACACCGGAGCUGGAGCAUUUAGGACUACAAGACUGCCAGAGGCUGACCGACGAAGCUCUGAAACACACGGCCACCGGGCUUCCAAAACUACAAUCGAUCAACCUCUCCUUCUGCGUCGCCGUCACCGAUGCGGGACUCAGGCAUUUAGCGAGGCUUCCACUGUUAGAAGACGUGAAUUUAAGGGCAUGUGACGGUGUUUCCGAUGUCGGUGUGUCGUAUUUGGCCGAGAGCGGACGCUUGAUCGCACUGGAUGUGUCGUUUUGUGAUAAAGUCGGUGACGAGGCGCUGUCCCACGCGACGCUGGGGCUGUCGGGGCUGCGCUCGUUAUCGCUCAGCGCCUGUCGGCUGACGGACGAGGGGCUCGAGCGGGUCGCGAGGCUAUCACAGCUCGAGACGCUGAAUAUAGGCCAAUGCACUCGAGUGACGGACCGAGGGCUGCACGCGCUGAGCGACGGCCUGCGCAACCUGAAGGCGAUAGAUCUCUACGGCUGUACGUGUAUCACGCCGCAAGGCUUGAAAGACAUCAUGAAGUUGCCUCGGCUUAGUGUACUUAACCUCGGUCUCUGGCAUGUGCGGUGACCACACACACACAGUGUCUGAACGUUCGUUAGUGUGAGUGCGGCGCCAUGUUGAAGUGAAGGAGCCGCCAAGGUUGUGCGCCGGACAGUGAAUGAAAUUAACCAACUUUAAGUUUAACGAAUUAUUUAGGAAGUGGGGCAGUUUUCGUUGUUGCUGACGUUGUUUGUUUUGGUGCAGGAAGACGCCCCAACGCCUAGUCGACUCGGACCUUUUUGAACGUAACGUUUCGUAUUUACUAUGUAAAUUUAGUCCGCUUAUGCAAUAUAGUUUCGGAAUCCAGUU